ACAUCGGUGAACAUGAUCGCUCCAGGAAAAAUAAAGAAGUUGGAUACCGUCGUGGUAAAUCGAAUUGCAGCCGGUGAAGUGAUUCAAAGGCCAGCGAAUGCAUUGAAAGAAUUAAUCGAGAACAGUCUUGACGCGAAGGCAACUAAUAUUCAGAUAAUCGUAAAAGAAGGAGGAUUAAAAUUAUUGCAGAUUCAAGAUAAUGGUACAGGCAUUAGAAAGGAUGAUUUAGAAAUCGUUUGUGAACGUUUUACGACAAGCAAAUUGCAAACAUUCGAGGAUCUUCAAUCGAUAUCGACUUUUGGAUUUCGUGGCGAAGCCUUAGCGAGCAUUAGUCACGUAGCACUUCUAACUAUCACAACAAAAACAGCUGACGAGAAGUGUGCAUAUAAAGCACCGUAUAUCGACAGUAAACUAAAAGCAACACCGAAACCAUGUGCUGGAAAUCAAGGUACUACCAUAAUGAUUGAGAAUUUAUUUUACAAUGUUGCGACACGAAGAAAGGCUUUGUCGAAUACGUGCGAGGAAUUCAACAAAAUUACAGACGUAGUUACAAAAUAUGCAAUACAUAAUCCUAUGGUAGGAUUUGUACUGAAAAAACACGGUGAAAUAACACCUCAGGUCCGUACACCGCAUAAUUCGACAAAGAUGAGUAAUACAAGAAUACUCUAUGGUAAUCGAAUCUCUCGUGAAUUACUAGAAGUAGAACUUACAGAGGAAAGCUAUAAAUUUAAGAUGCAUGCCUUAAUAACAAAUCCGAAUUACUCGUGUAAAAGGAUGGUAUUUCUUUUAUUCAUUAAUAAUCGAUUGGUAGACUCAUCUUCAAUUCGUAAAAUGUUAGAAGAGCUUUAUGCUUUUUAUCUUCCAAAAAAGACCCAUCCAUGGUGUUAUAUAUCACUAGAAAUUGAUGCACAAAAUGUUGAUGUCAAUGUGCACCCGACAAAACACGAAGUUAAAUUUCUUCAUGAAAGUUCUAUCAUUGAAAGGAUAAAAUUUGCUCUAGACGAGAAACUUUCUGGGAACAGUGCUUCUAGAACAUUUUAUGUGCAAGCACGAUUACCUAAAGCUGAUAUUACUAAAGAAGUUCUAAAAGAAGUUUUGCCAGAAUAUGAAAAGGACAAUAAUGAUAAAACGAGAAAAAUUCGCCCUCAAGAUAUGAUUAGAACUGAUUCGGCUGAUCAAAAAUUGGACAAAUUUAAUUUUACCAUUCACGCAUCAAUGAAACGUGCUAGAAAUGAAUACAAUAACGAAACUGAUGAACUUGUAAAUAAUUCAAUAUCCAACGACUCUCAAUCAAAUACAGUAAAUGAAAUAGAUAUCGAUAAAAGAGACGAAGUUGAUCUACAAAAUGUAAAUGAAGUAGAACACCUGACACCAGACAUAAGUGAUGUAUAUCAAGACAACAGAUUAUCACCAUCUGAAGUAGCAAAACCACAAAAAUUAAAUACACCGUGGAGUGCUAUUGUAAAUGAUGCGACUCCAUCCACAUCAUCAAAUUUAGUAAUACCCGAUACCUGUGAUAUAAUUUCAUCUGCUGGAAAUGACCAAUACAUAAUUUCAGAUAGUGAAUUCGAGGAAAGUAUAUCGGAUAAUUUGACAAAGGAAAAAAGUAUCGAUGUUGUUGCAGAAAAAGCACGUAAACGAGUGCAUCAAUAUUUUGGAAAUAAAAAUACCAUGGCAGAGAACAAAUCUGCAGAAGAAACUAGUCCUUCUAGGAAAGAAAUAAAAAUUGACAAUAAGAUUGACAAUAAUAAUAAAUCUAACAAAGACACAACAAAUGUAAAUACAUCAGUGGAAUCUAAAAGUAAUAGAAAUGAUAGUAUUAACAGUAAACAAGAGUUUAAGUCUUACUCUGUAAAUAAUUUUAGAAGAGAAGUAAAAUUAACAAGUAUUUUAAGGUUACGGAAAGAAGUAGAAGACGAAUGCCACGAAGGGCUAAGAGAAAUUCUAUCGAAUUUAACUUUUGUUGGCUGUAUAGACCAAUCUUCUGCUCUCGUUCAAAGCGGAGUUAAUUUAUACCUUUGCAAUACCAAAAAACUGGCAGAGGAGCUAUUUUACGAAAUUAUGCUUUACGACUUUGCCAACCAUGGAGUUAUCAAAUUUUCAGACGCAAUCCCUUUGUACGAGCUAGCUAUGUUAGGAUUAGACACAGAAGAAGCUAUGUGGACAGAAGAGGAUGGAGAAAAAUCGGAAUUAGCAACAAGCGCUAAAGAAUUGUUAUUAGAAAAGGCAGACAUGUUAAAAGAAUAUUUUUCUAUUGUUAUAGAUAAACAGGGAAAAUUGAAAUCUUUACCAGUAUUAUUAGAAAAAUAUUUUCCACACGAAGCAGGUCUUCCUCUAUAUGUACUACGUUUAGCUACUGAAGUCAAUUGGUCGUCAGAAGAACCAUGUUUUCGAAAUAUUUGCAGAGAAACAGCGAAAUACUAUAGUCAAAUGAAUCCUGUACAUAAUACUCAUGAUUGGAGAUACAUUACAGAGCAUGUUUUAUAUUUUGCAAUUAGAGAGAGCUUACUACCCCCUAAACAUUUUACACACGAUUCAACGAUAUUGCAAAUAGCCAGCUUGCCUGAUUUGUACAAAGUUUUUGAAAGAUGUUAAACGUAUUUGAACCGUAUUAAAUGUACCAAUAAGCCUAUAAGAUGACAAUUCCGAUUUUAUUAUUAUUUUUGAUACCUUGUUUAUUUAACGAAUUAUAUUUAAAAUUUCCUAAUUAAACGUAUAUUUUGUUGCAUCUAUAAACUAAAAUGUAAUAGAUACAAAAGACAGUGUAAUAAAAGGAAUGAUCUGCCGAACAUAUAUAUAAUAUAUGUCUAU